UAUUACAGAUGUGAAGCUAUGGCAUCUGCAUGAUCAGAUGUUAUUGCCUGACACGGAGUACCAGGGAAUCAAAUUGUGGGCGGGAAUGGAGAAGGCGGUGGAUGAUCUCAAGACGUGGCCGAUCAGAGAAGACGAUGCAUGGAUCAUCACCUACAUCAAAGCAGGUACAACUUGGGCCCAAGAGAUCAUGUCCUGUGUGAUGCACGAUGGAAAUUUGGAAGAAGUCGACAAGAAACCCACUUCGUUCCGAGUGCCGUUCCUUGAGACUGACUUUCCGGAGGAGCUGCGGCGAACCAAAAAUCUGCCGACAACUCUGGAAAUAGCGAGUGAGAUCCCUUCACCUCGGGUUCUCAAGACCCAUCUGCCGGGCCAGCUCCUUCCUCCCCAGAUAUGGGAGAAGAAACCCAAGAUUGUCUACGUCCUGCGGAACCCCAAGGACGUCGUGGUCUCCUGUUUCUACUUCUCCAAACUGUCCCAGCAGGACCCGGCAGUACAAGCCCAGGCAUUUGGGGAUUUUUUCGACGAGAUGUUGGCAGGAACAACACAUUAUGGACCCUGGUGGGACCAUUACCUGUACUUUUGGAAACGUCGGCAUGAGAAAAACAUUCUCCUGUUGCGAUUCGAAGACAUGAAACGGGACCUGCGAGGCAACGUGGAGAGGAUCAGCCGAUUUCUGGGCAAGGAUCUCUCUGCCGAGAAACUGGAUGCGAUCACAGAGCACUGCACAUUCGCCAACAUGAAGAAGAACCCAAUGGCAAACUUGGAGGGUCUCUUCGACAAAUCGGCUCUAAAGGAAGGAGCCGCGUUCAUGAGGAAAGGAAAGGUAGGCGACUGGCGGAGCCACUUUACGGUUGCGCAGAACGAAGCGAUGGACGCCCUCAUUCGAGACAAGCUGCACGGAACAGGACUGAAAUUUGACUACCAGUAAACAUUUUGACUACACAUUCUCUGUACCUUUAUUCGAAAGUUUCCAUCAAAAUCGAAUAUGGCCAAUCAAUAUUCCUGAAAUAUCUUAGAAUUUAUUUAUUGCCCUUAAUUGACCUUUCCCAAGGAACGCCAUCUUGAAAAUCAAAGCGAGGCAUAGAGUGCCCGCUAAGGGGGUUCUAUUUUGUCUACAGCUAAUACGCCCUAGUACGUUCAAUUGUGAUCUCGAACUGAUUACUCGAUAUUUGAGUCAAAUUGCGGGUCCUGAAAAAUGGUACUCGAAUACCAUGUACUCGAAUACCACGUCCUCUAAAACUAUAAACUGCAGUAGAAAACAAAGCUAUAUGGUAUAUUCUAUAAACUAUAGAAGUUUCUACCGAAAAGACUACUCUAGAUUUGAUAUUUUUGUUUCGACAAGUCACUAGCUAGCUAAUCAUUUCAGCUCUUGAAGCGAAGUCAAACGACAUUUGGAGGCAAACAUUUUGGGCAAAAACAUGAACGUGACGGCCGCAUCCGAGUGGAAAUUGUACUUCCUAAACGUGACUCGAGAUGAUUGCACUGACAGACAGAAACACCAAUGUUUGCAUUGCCUUGUCCAAUUUUUAAUCAUGAUCAGCUAAAUGCUUAUGACAAAUGACCGUAUAAGACAUGAGGCAAUCGCAUCUCAAGAGAGCGAGCGUGAUCGUGAGGAACAGGCCGGCAAGAGAAAAUAUUGACACUGCUUUACUUGAACGGAAAUCGAACUUAUUAUAACAUCAUGAAGAAAGUACACCAUGAACCUGAUGCAGUCCUCAGCAAGGCAACUGCUAUGAAAAAAAUGUCAAUUGCUUAGUCCUGAAAUAAGUUUCAGUAUUGAUUUGAGGCUUUACAUGGUGGUGAUAUACUAAUGAAUGAAAGGUUUGCGGAAACACCAUGUGGGAAUAAAUUUCUCUAAAACUAAAAGAAUGGUUCUGAAAAGAACCAGAGGUAUAAAUUUUAGAGCCAUUCUCUUUAGUUUGAGAAAUGUAUUCCCACACGGUGAAAUAAGUUUCGUUUAGCAAAAAUGAAGUAGGCCUAAUAGUCAAAUAAAGUAUAAUUUUAUGGAAUGUGAUUGGUUCUGAGCUGUUUUCUUGCCUAUGUCAGCAUGUUGCAAAGAUGCUUGGUAGCCCUAUACGAAAUUCGGUUCUGAUCUGAAAAAAAAACACCACGGUUUGCGGAAGGGAAGUUUCAUGGUUCGUGGUGUGUGUGCCAUGUUAUCGGCCACAGAUGGUAGCGUGGAGUGCCACUUGAAACUGACGUUAAUGGGACGUGGUAAAAAAAAACGCGGGAAACUGCCAUUCAUUUUUACAUCGCGGCCAUAAUAAUUCUUGCAUGCAUGCAAGCCAUGGAACGCUAUAUGCAAACACUGCAACCACGUAUCACGUUAAUCAGCACACAGGGUUAUCUGAUUGAGCUCAUGGUUAUUGAAGUGCAAUUGUGCAAUUUACUGGCAAUAAUCUUUUGAUUUUUUUUUUUUGCCUUGUAGACCUCAUGCGGACUUGUGCACUAAUAUGAUCCAAGAGUAUAC